UCUCGACUCUCGCAUCCCUCUCACGCUCUGUCGCUCAAUCUCAAUCGAAAUCAAUAUCGCAAACGGCUCUCGCUCUCGCUCUCUGCCUGACUGCCUCUCACGACUAUUGACUCCGACUGCCGUCGGUCUGCGGCUGCCUGCCUCUCUCCGUCUCCCGUCGCUCUCUGCCUCUAGCUCUCCGCCCGUCGGUCUGUGAGACACUGACUACUGUUGUGAGGUUUUCUGUAAACAUCAUUACAAUGAAGCUGCUCUGCCUACUUAGGUUUUCUUUUAAACUGGUUGGGACUUGUGGCUGUUUUAUUUUGCAAUUUCUAAGUAAAAGCCAUGAAUUUAGUCUGGCUACUCACUUCUGUGUUCUGUCCUUCCAUUUUAUAUUUUCUGGGCUGGCAUAUUUGCAGACAUUGCUGUGUGUCAAAGCUUCUGCUGCUAUUUGUUGGAUGGUUGGCCCAAAUUCCUGUUCACUAUUUACAUCCUCUAAAGACUUCAAAGUGUUUGGGAUUAUUUUUAGAAAUGAGAAUAAUAUAAAAAUGAAAAAUGCAGGAGAACAAAAAUGUGAAUGGAAUUUCCAUUCUUUUCAAUUUGCUCAAGCCCUAAUUUUUUUUACUUUUUAGGGCUGUUUAGUAGCUUUUUAGGAGCUGUUUUGAAGCGGGUUAGUAUAGGACAAAGGCUUAAGAUUGAUGCUUAGUAUAGGAUAAAGGCUUAAGCUUUUUAGGAGCUGCUUUAGCUGAUAUUAGUUAUGACAAAAUGUAGAUAUUUUUGCUUCAAAAAACGCAAGAAGGCAUCGUUUUAGGUGAAUGGUAAUGUAUUUUAUGUUUUGUUACACGGGGUUUUGGUUUAUGUCCCCCCUGCAUCCUUUUUGUUGUAUUUAAAAAAAAUCAGCGUGAAGAUGAGCCGCCUAGAUUGACUAGGUUCCAAACCCCUUCAAAUUGUUUAUUGUGGUUUUUAUAUACACACAUAAGGGGCAUUUUUUUGGCUUUCCGCCAUGGACAUCCAAAAUCUCAGGAUCGGCCUCCAACUGCUGCUAUGCUGGUUGGUUUUAGAAUUAGUUAUUGUUAUCUGCAAGUCUGUAACCUCGAGUUACUAAAAAUGAGUUCGUUUGUCUCAUAAUGAGCUGAUACCCAAGUCCCUUUACUAGAAAAAUGUUGCUUGCAGGAGCUGUGUUGGAGGCUGGAAAUAAUCUGGUACGUGCACUCCGUUUACAAUUCCUAAUUACGCAAACUUAAAUACAAACCUAAGAUCUCAGUAAUACUUAACAAGCAGUAGUGAACAUGAACGAUGGAACUGAUUGCUGUUUCACCAUCUCAGGACCUUCAACCUUUGAAGCUCUCUAUCAUGAUCACCGUUCUUCACUUAAAAAGUGUUGCUUUCUCUCUUUUUUUAAGUGUUGCAAACUUCUCUAUUGUAUUAUUCUUGAAAAUCACCAUCAUAUACACAACCAUGGUAAGGAAUAGCAUGAUUUUUAACCCUUAUGGACAUUACUCUAAUCACAAUUAACUCCAACAAAAGGGGUUUGUGGUAAAAAAAUUAUGCCCGUUAAACAAAGUAAUUGCUAGAUAGCUACGGAAUUGGAUUAGAAUGAGGAACAUGUACUUUUUUGGAGAAAAUAUGAUAUAAUAGAUACAAAAAGGGUUGCCAACGUACACAAUAGCUAGUAUGCGCAGAAGUCUCGUCUUCGUUGUAAUACUAGGAGCGUGUAUGAGAAAUGGGUGAACCAACAUCAAUAUUAAAAGCAAAACAAAAAAUGGAAAGUGCUAAACUUAAUCAAGCCAUUAGCAAAUAAAACAUCCUUUCUUGCAUAUACUAAGAUAAAGAAUCUAAAGAGCUUUCUCUGUGAGACAUUGACUUCUUAACCAGUAGUAUUCUACUAAAGUUUAUUAAUUAUGUAAACAUUCCGUCACUCAUUGGUUGUGGAUAUGAAUACGGACCCUUUUAUGGGCUCGUUAUAAGGGAAUAUUGCUAGCUCUUAACCAUGAAUUUGUUUAUUCUGGUAUAACUUUGGGAUAUUCUAUUAUUCUCGGCUCGAGAAAUUGUAUUAGAUCAUUGACGUCACAAGCUUUAGUAAGUUGGACCUAUGCAUUAGUUAUUGAUGUUCAUAUCCUACACAGAAUUGUUGUACGAUGUGUAAAAGAAUGCCUUGCAACUUGUUAUCGGUGACUGUGGUUGAAAAAUUAGUUAUCAUGAUUCCAGACUAUCUUUCUCACUUUGAUGCAAAGUAAAAGUCAAUUUUUUCAUCCUAAAGGAUUUAUUAUUCUUUUUGUUGUUGAUAAUGUGUGUUUGUUUUCCAUUGUUAACUAUCAUAUUGUUAAGUUCCUAGAAUCAAGGUCAGGUAAGAAUUUUUCACUUUCGUGUACCCGUACAUUCUGUGAAGAUUGUAACAUUCACAUCACCUUCAAGUGUGUGUUGUAAAGGUAUCAUGUGAAGAUUGUAAGAUUCACAUAAUAUACCUAGGUACCUUCAGAGUUCUCUUGUUCUCAUGUUCUCUAAGUUCCUGAUAUUUGGCAUGGUUGAUUUGCACAUGGUUAAUUGCCAAGAGACAAAUACAGUAUAGGUCAUUUGCCAACAUCGAGUAUGCAACAUUUUCUGUAGAAAUAUCAGAUAGAUGACCAAUUUGACUCGAAAAACCUUUCUUCGUGAUUUUGAAAGAAAUAUCAAACUGGUUGAUAACUAAAGUUUGUCAAAAUGUAAGGUGUUGAUAGUAAUUUUAUCUGUUUGGUAAUUAACAUUUCAAACCAGAAGAGUUGUGCACAAAAGUAUUUGCCCCGAGGAGGGAUCUUAGAAUUCUGUCUGUAUUAAGGGUUUGGAAAAAGUGUGAAUAUUUGUAGGAGAAUCAUUAUGUGUUUGUCGGAUUACUAACAAUAUGCUGCGUGUUUUUAAUAACUAACAUUUUAGAAUUCGUUAGCUUUGAUCAAUAUUUUUUACAUCAAUCUUCCAGCAGGAUUGGAAGUUCUUGAAACACAAUACCCUCUUUACAUGCCAAGGGUGGAGAUGUUAGGAGACAAUCAGAUUGAAGAUGUUCGCUGGCUCUGUUCUCUCUCAGAAUCUGAGCUCGAUCUACUCAUCAGUCUGAAGGAGAUGGCUAUCCGAAGGGCGUCUUUUGUCGGGCAUGAAUCUUUAUCAAAAAAAUUCAACUUGAAAAUGCUUAGAGGUCUCAGUUUUGUGUUGAUGCAAUUCUUGAAUGAACGGUUGGGCGAGAAUACAGAAGUGGCUGAAUCUGUUUCCGGGUGUGUAGAUGAAUCAAAUAUUGUUAAACACGAAAUCAGUGAAGAGUUUCAGGAAAUGGGUGUAGAAGAGUUGAUGGCGUAUAUCGGUCCGGAUAGGAAGAAGAGGAUAGCUGAUUUGUUUGGUGAUGAUAAUGAUUUAGUUACAGGGAAGAAGAAAAAGAGUUGACCAUGGAAGGUAACCAGUUGGCCUUUAGAUUCAAAGGUUAUGCCAUUGUCUAUUUUUGUUUUCAAUUUUGAGAAACAUACUUGCAGGUUUGCAAUACAUUGUACACCUCAUACCUCAUUUCCGAGUGAAAUAUAAUAUACUAGGUUUGCUUUUAUUAAGGUUGUAAAAUGU